UUGAAACCAGCUUGCAAAAAGAGAAAAUGGCCAGAGUUUCUUCUCUCCUGAGGCUCAGUUUGAUUCUAUGCUACUGCAGCUCCCAGAUUAAUACUAUGAAAAUUAAGAUGGUUAGUAAACCUGAAGCCAUCAAUGCCCGGGUGGAACUGGAUUGUGAAACAAAAUAUCCAGACCAUGGGGUGUACUGGAUCCAUCAGAACAAUAGCAAGGAACCCAAAUUCAUCUUAUACAUUAAAUCAAGACCACAAUCAGUACCAAAUGACCAACCUUAUGACAUCUCAAAAAGUGGCAACACUUACAAACUGAUAGUGAAAGCAUUCAAGAAGCAGGACGAGGGCAUUUAUAACUGCAUUGUCCUUCACAACCAGGUUUUACACUUCAGUCCAGACCUCCCAGUCUACCUGCCAGUGAGAACCACCCAAGCUCCCACAACUCAACGGCGUGCUCCAGAAACCCCAAACCCUAACAAUCAACACAUCACCAAUGGACCCAAUAAAUGCUCCGAUGCCACAGUUACAGUUCCAUAUGAUGGUCUGAUGCUCCCUUGUGAACCAUACAUCUGGAUGCCUUUGUCUGGUGGCUGCUUCCUUCUCUUGAUAACUUUGGUGAUCACCAUAACAGUGUGCUGUGAUCCAAGAAGGAGGAGAAGAAGAUGCCAAUGUAAAAGGCCUUUGAAUGGAACCAAUGGAAAACCCACCGUGCCACGCUAAUAUGGAGGAAGCCUGGGUCAUCCCAAGUGGAUUUCCUAAUGCGUUUUCACUGUAACUGCAGAAGUAUACAUUAUAUAUCACACCACAAUUAUUUUUACAGACGGUUUUUAAUUUUAUACCAUGUAGCUGCUGGUGCAUUUCAGCCCUUUCUCUUCAGUCCAUUUUCCGGUGUAAAUUGCCCCGCACCAAGC